AUGAACCCAGAACAUAUCCAUCUUGGAUUGGUCGGUGGGUCCGCGGAUCUGCUGGCGACUCUGGACUCUGGGCACUGUGUGGGAGACAACUCUAGACUUAUGGCGGCAUCAGCGGCAGCCCUGGCAAUCCACGGCUCCUAUGGUGCCUUCUUCAAGUGGCUGACUCGCGCGCUGCUCACCUUCUUCGACCUGGCCUUGCGACUGCGCAUAAACUUCCCCUACUUCUACCUCGUGGCCUCCAUGAUUCUCAAUGUGCGCCUGCAGGUGCAUAUUUAGAGUCACUCCUAACUCUGUGGAAUCUGGGGAUCCCCUGGCAGGAUGGCUGACUUUCACCCCACAGCUCACCAGCUCACAGCGCAAGCCAGUCUAAAUGGGCAGCUAAAAAGCAUCCUUUGCGGAAAGCAUGCAAUGUCAGCAAAAAAGCCUCAGAUAAAAUGAAAACUUGACUCCCAAGGAAAUAGAUAAUUCACAGAACAGAAAAGAAUUUAAAAAUCUGAAAAUCCUCAGAAAUAUUUAAGAAGUUAUUGCAUCCCUAAAAAGACAAAAGCAACACAAACUUUAGGAAAUGACAAAAGGCACAGGAUGCAUUUUUUAAAAAGGAAAGAAAGGCAAGUAAAAACUUAAGGAAAGGUAAACUGUACAAGAAUGGCUCAAAUGGGAGGCAAAUCUUCCAAAUUAGAAUAGAAAGUGAGUACACUUCAAACGGAAUGGAAUGGAUUCUAAGCAAUAGAGGAUUAAGAAGCUGGAGGAAAUUUAACAACAUGAUGUGGAAGGCAUCCAUUUCUACAGCCCAAAGAAAAAACAAUAACAAACUGAAACUACAGGGAAAAACAAACAUUUCAAACUGGACAAGAAAAGCAUGCUUCAAAUAUGAAGCAACCUUGGAUGUGGCCUGGUUUUGAACAGUUGCUGGGAGUGUGAGAAAGGGAAUCUGUUGAACACUGGCACGUGGAUCAAGACGCAAGUCAUAGAUUAAAAAAAUCCAAUCACAGAAUUCAACUUUGCUAUUCAUAAUAAUCAUAAUAAAGCAAAUCCUGAUUAUAAAAAUUCCUAGGAUGAUCAAAUAGCAAAUUAUUUCAAGAUACUGGAAAAGUAAAAUCACUAAGAUCCUAUAAUAUAAUUUAGACUUAAAAAGGGUCCAGCUGACCUAU